UGGAUCUAUUUAUUUAUUUAUUUAAUUUUGCAUAUAAAGAAAGUCAAAUUAGAGCGAGAGAUACUUUCCUAUAUAUGUUCUAAUAGACUUGAAGAUCCUUUCAUUCCUGGAAUCUAUAUCCCUUUGCGUUUCACAUAUCAAAACUUGGCCAGUCAUAAUAAUAACAAUAAUAAUAAUAAUCAUCUUUCAGUUUUCUUUUCCUUUACAAACACUACUGUCCCUCAUACCCACGUAUAUAUAUAUAUAUAUAUAUAUUUAUAUAUAUGCACGAUACGUUUCUAGAUAUAUAUAAAUAAUAGUUUUUAUUUACAAGAAAAACAGAGUCGAAAGAAAGAACAUAGAGUUGGUUUGUAAUGAUUAUGGAAACACAGCCACCGCGCUCAGCGGCCGCGAAGCCGAAGCUGCUGACUAGGCUGAACACGUACAUAGCCAAAAGCCGAGUUGGCAAACGCUUCAAACUCACCGAGAGAAACUCAACCUUCACGACCGAGCUCCGAGCCGGAACUGCAACUUUCCUCACCAUGGCUUAUAUCUUAGCCGUUAACGCUUCGAUUCUCACGGAUUCCGGCGGAACUUGCGGCGUCUCCGAUUGCGUCCCGCUUUGUUCCAAUUCCUCCAUCCUGGUCUCCGACUGUACGGGACCCAACCUACGGGUCAUCCAACCAGACAAUUCCUGCAAAUUCGACCCUGUCAACCCGGGUUACAAGGCUUGCCUUGAUGGAGUCCGUAAGGACCUGAUCGUCGCUACAGUAGCUUCUUCGCUCAUUGGGUGUCUGAUAAUGGGUCUCUUUGCUAACCUCCCUCUGGCUUUGGCUCCCGGAAUGGGUACCAACGCUUAUUUCGCCUACACGGUCGUCGGGUUUCACGGGUCGGGUAAUGUCUCGUAUAAGAGCGCUUUAACCGCAGUGUUCAUUGAGGGUUUGAUUUUCUUGCUCAUCUCAGCUGUUGGGUUCCGAGCCAAACUCGCCAAGCUGGUACCCAAACCGGUUCGGAUCAGCUCCUCUGCCGGUAUCGGACUCUUCCUGGCAUUUAUCGGGUUGCAAAACAAUCAAGGAAUCGGGUUAAUCGGAUACAGUUCUUCGACCCUGGUCCAACUAGGAGGCUGCCCCACAUCUUCUCGGGUCUCGGUAGCUCCGGUUUCAACGGCGGAUAACGGCACCGUUAGUUUGCUCCAAGGCGGUACCGUCUCGGGCGAUAUAUUUUGCCUCCGAGACAGGAUGGAAAGCCCGACGCUUUGGCUUGGAGUGGUCGGUUUCGUAAUUAUUGCGUACUGUUUGGUCAAAAACAUAAAAGGGGCGAUGAUAUACGGUAUCGUAUUCGUAACGGGUGUUUCUUGGUUCCGUAACACGGACGUAACCGCGUUCCCGAAUACGGAAGCGGGGAAUACGGCGUACGAGUAUUUCAAGAAAGUGGUGGACGUGCACAGCAUAAAGAGCACUGCGGGUGCACUGAGCUUCACAAACAUGGGCAAAGGGUAUUUUUGGGAAGCCCUCGUGACUUUCUUAUACGUGGACAUUUUGGAUACGACCGGCACGUUGUAUUCCAUGGCACGGUUCGCAGGCUUUACCGACGAAAACGGCGAUUUCGAGGGACAGUAUUUCGCAUUCAUGUCCGACGCAACGGCAAUCGUUGUGGGGUCGUUGCUUGGCACGUCACCAGUAACGACGUUCAUCGAGUCGUCGACUGGCAUAAGGGAAGGUGGAAGGACGGGGUUGACGGCGUUAACGGCGGCUAUGUAUUUCUUCUUCGCGUUCUUUUUCACGCCGUUACUGGCUUCCAUACCUUCGUGGGCUGUGGGACCACCGCUGAUCUUGGUGGGAGUUUUGAUGAUGAGAUCUGUGGUGGAGAUUGAAUGGAACGAUAUGAGGCAGGCUAUACCGGCGUUCAUGACGUUGAUUUUGAUGCCACUGACGUAUUCAAUAGCUUACGGGCUCAUUGGUGGGAUUGGCACGUACGUCGUGUUGCACUUGUGGGAUUGGGGUGUGGAGCUUUUAGUUAAAUUUGGGAUUGUAAAAGGUGUUGGGGUUGGUAUUGGUGGUGGUGAAGGUGGGGCCAACGGGUCAUUUGUCCACGUUGGACAUGAUAAAAAUGAAAAACCACCGAUUGAAAAUGUUUAAAUAUAAGAUAUUUAAAUGGGGGAGGUCCAUAUAUAUAUAUUUUUUUGAAUUUAUAGGAAAAUGGGGUUCAUUAUAGAAUGUGUAUAUAUACAUUGUUUCUUUUUAAUGCGUUUUGUUAAGAGCAUAAAUUUUGCAAUCCAAUGGAAGACAAAUUAAUGGAAAAAAUUUUCUCUCUA